AUGGAUUGUGUUGUACAGCCGAUCAACGAUCCUUCGCUUGAAGGUUCAGCACUUAAAAUACUUACCAUCGAAUGGUUCUGCGAUGGCCGACCACUGAUGUUUGGAUCACGUAUUCGCACCAUCCACGACUUUGGCUAUGUUGGUUUGGAAUUCCUGCACAUCCAUCCAGAAGACACCGGCACCUACGUGUGCAGAGCGACCAACAACGCCGGCCAAGCCGAGACCAGCCUCAAACUCGAAUGCAAACCCAGACGCAACAUCUACCUCGACACGCAGCACGAAUCCUCGUGGGCAAAAAUCCAGGAGAUGGAGAAUCGACAGGAGAUUCGUCCACCAUCACCCGAGAUGUCAUUCCCACCACCAACGUUCACCGAACAGCUCCAGAACAUCGACGAAGCCACCGAGGCUGAUGCAGUGCGCCUUGAUUGCCGACUGGUCCCCGUCAACGAUCCAACGCUCAAGGUAUUCUGGACAGUCAACGGCCAGCCGAUUCCCGAAGCAUCUCGUUUCAUGCCAGCACGAAACUUCGACUAUGUCAGCUUGGACAUUCUUGGCCUCUACCCAGAAGAUUCCGGAGUGUACACUUGCAAGGCUGUGUCCGACUUCGGUGAAGCAGCAACUUCGUGCACGGUGAAAUGCACCCCGAUCGAUGCGCUCAUGCUCAAACCGCAGCACGAACAAUCAAAUGGGUUGCGAGUACACAGAAUCGAAAACCGCGACCACCGGAAAGAAUCCGAAGAAGAGCCUGAAAAGAUGCCACCCAAAUUCGUUGUGCCACUACCAGGCAAGCUUGACGAUGCGGCCGAGGGUACACCGAUCCACCUUGAAUGUGAAGUAAUUCCGACCAACGACAAUAAGCUUACUGUUCAGUGGUUCCACAACGGUGCUCCGCUUGUGAACGGACAUCGUUUCCGUACUGCUCACGACUUUGGUCACGUGGCUAUGGACAUUCUCUAUGCCUUCGGACAAGAUUCUGGUGAAUGGACCUGCGUUGCAAAGAACGAUCUCGGCGAGGCAACCACCUCAUGCAGCUUCAACGUUCUACCCCGCAGUAUUAUUUAUGCCGAUCCACAGCAUCCAGCAAGCUGGCAGAGAAUUCAGGAAUUGGAAGCACCAAAAGUCCAACCAGAAGAGGCUCCAGAGCGAGAACACGACAAACCGCAAUUCCUCGAGCCGAUGGAAUCCUUGGAGCGUAUCGAAUUCCAACCAGCACACUUCGAAACUCGCCUACAGCCGGUGGCCGAUCCCAACAUGGUCGUCCAAUGGUACAAGGAUGGUUUCCCACUGCACAAUGGAAACAGAUUCAAGCUCACAUCGGACUUCGGCUAUGUCUCUUUGGAUAUUGCCCAUACAAUUCCGGAAGACUCGGGUGUCUAUGGGGUGAAAGCCAUCAACAAGAAGGUUCGUGGCUCGCAGAACUUUUAA